AGGCCGCCCCGAGCUAUGUUAGGUUAUAUCAAUAUCCUAACUUUGAUACACCGCUUGCCAAUAAAAGUUUUUUUAAAGCUGAGAAGGCGAGUUUACUUUGGAACAAGAAAGGUAAGCUUCGUUUCUUUAUCGCAUUUCUUCACGAUAUAUAUUUAACGGCAACUGUCGGUGAUGUGGUUGUGAAUUAAAAUGCACCUUUUCAACGUUUCCUGCAUGUGGGAGGAAGCCAGAGUCGCCACCACGAUCUCAAAGCUGAAAAGCAGCUUCUCUGACGGCUGCCCACCGAAGACCUUUGCCCAUUGGCCAGUUCUUAUCAGUUUUCAUUAAACCAAAAGUUUGACGUUUCGGCAAUUCUCAAAGCUUAUUCUGAUAUUGAUUAUUUGUUUGAUAUAAAGGAACGUCUGCAUUGAUUCUAACAAGUACAGAAGUAGACCAAACUGGGGGAUCUUAUUAUGGGGAACAAAGUCUACAGUUUAUUUCUACAAAUGGUGACAGUAAUAUGGUUGUUUUACGUAAGUACAGUAUAUUCAAUACCUCAAACUUUUUCAUAUACAAAUAUUUAUCCAUAAUGAUAUUUCUGAAUGUUUAGCAAAGAAAGGUCCUAUAUACGCAAUGGAUUGGAAUCCGAACUCCACGCAGUUUUGUGUUGUUUAUGGAUGUAUCCUUAUAUAUUCUUUAUCGUCAGAUCCAUGUAGCCCCGUGCUGUAGAUAUCACAUUGUCGGGUUGCCGUCCAUGGUUGCGUUCUUGGCAACUGGGACAUUCCCUGGGGGUGUGGAGGGUGAAUUGGACAACAGAAAGGUUAGUUGGGCGAGUCAUCCAUGAAAGUGGCCUGGGAUCCAUUAACAAUUGAUAUCGGCAAAGCUUACUCGUAUGGCAGCACUUGUAUCCUGGGGUUACGGUAACCCCAGGAUACAAGUGCUGCCGUUACCUCAUGCAGACGUAUUGGCUUUGCCUUUCCUUUCACCCAUACAGCUCUUAUGAUACCUAUGAUAACAUUGUCGCUCCGACAUCGUUUGCCAACAACAACAACAACAACAACAACAACAACAACAACAACAACAACAACAACAACAACAACCCGCCCAAUAAUUUCUGAAAGCCUUUAUAUGCCUUUUCAAUAACGAAAGCAUUAAUAGGCUUAUAAAUUAAGCUAUAGAUUACAUGAAAUUUAAGGCUAAAAAGUUUAAAGAUUUCCAGCUGCUGUUGGCAACCUAAUUUGCCCCCACCCCCUCCCCCAUGGUCAGUCUACCACAUCUAUUUUACUUUAUUUAUGUCCUUUUGUUAGCAUUUUUUGUUCCCUAACAAUAUAUAACCAGAUAUGCCAGCCAAAGCCACAAUUUUUAAUUUGAAAUGUGAAUCUGUGUUUGAUUUCGGAACUGGACCAAGGAACGCUGUUUAUUUUAAUACACAUGGAAACAGUAUCCUUUUGAAAAAUAAUUAUAAAUAAGUUUGCUUGUAGCUUGUUUAGUGUUAGUGGUUUUCUAGGGUAUGUCAUUGCUCGGUAACACCUACGAAGGGACUGGAACAAGAGUACAAGACCCAGUAUAACGUAUAAUCGCUUUUAGGAACUGGUGAAAAUUUGUGUCAGCAAAAUGAUGUAUUGAGGUGUACGAUUGUUUUAGUUUUUUUAGUUUAACUUUAUAUAUAGGUGCCUAUGAGAAGGUAGGCAUUGGUUUCUAUCACAUCAUAUUGUUCAAACUUAUAAUUUCUUGAUAUAUAACAGUUCUUUGUUUGGCUGGCUUUGGUAACUUACGAGGUAACAUGGUAGGUUUCUAUCGUAAUCAUAUUUGACAAUGAACGUUAAUCGUAAUCAUAUUUGAGAAUCAAUGUAGUUAUACAGUGAUUUUCUUGUUUACUCAGGAAUUUUGGGAUGUGAAACGGUUCAAGGAGAUUAACAAACUACAGGUAGAUCUAAAAUUGUUAUUUGAAUCUGACCCUCCCAGCCAAUGAGGGUCAGAAGGACAUAUCCAAGGGGUUGCUUGCAAAUGAUGCUAAUAGAAGAAGAAGAGGGAAAACUUUAUCUAAUGAGGCUUACAUAUAUUACUGGUAACCCAGUAGUUUUCAUUAUGGGCCUCCUAUAUCUAUUCCUACAUUCUAAUGUCGGCUAUCGCAUCUCUGACGCAUUUUCAGGCUACUGAUUCAACUGCAUGUGUGAUCUAACAUUGAUAACAUAUUGAUCUAACAUUCAUGUGUCUUAGUCCUAUCCUUAGUGCUGGCUAGUCGUUAAAUUGUAUUCGAAUGUUACACAUGAGACCUAUCUCUAUGUUGGAGAUGCAUCUACCUCGAAAAUACAAACAGAACUUCGACAUUUCGAGCGAAUGUCCUUCGUCUUGAAGUUUGUGACUUCACGAAACGUCGAAGUUCUGUUUGUAUUUUUCAGGUAUCUGCUACACAUAUUGCUGCUGUUUGUUAUCAUACUCUUGUACAGACCCUUUAAGAUUGUAUCUCCAUGUUGCCCUAUAUUUCAUACUGGCUAGUGUUUCUACUGCAUUUGUAUUUGUACACCUAUCUUUCACACAGGCCAGUGAUUCUACGACAUUUGAAUGGUGUCCUGAUGGUCAACAUUUUAUGACUGCAACUACGUCACCAAGAUUACGUGAGGGGAAUGGGUAAUGUAUAGAUGCUGGAAACUUUUUCACUAUUCCCGUAUGACAUAUUUGAAUUCAUUCCCUAAAUAGGCGCUUUUAAGAGUAUAUAUUAACAUAAUUACCAAUACCUAUAUAGUGUGUAUAAAAAAAACUGAACCCUUUCAAAUUCAAAUUAGCUAUAUACUUAUUGUAGUAAUUUGACAGCUCUAAUUGCUUUGAAUUAAUGGUUGGGUAAGAACACAAGGUCUUUACUCAUGGGACGAAACUCAAAGAAAUAAAAAUUAGAAACUUUUAAAAGUUUUUAAGAGUUUUGUCCCAUGAGUACAAGACCUUGUGUUCUUACCCAACCAUUAAUUCAAAGCAAUUAGAGCUGUCAAAUUACUACAAUACGUUAUAGCUAAUUUGAAUUUGAAAGGGUUCAGUUUUUUUUAUAUAAUAUAGGUGGUACAAAUUAUAUGAUGUGUGAAUAACGUAAUCAUACAAUUUGUAUAAUAUAAAUAUAUGUUAUACCAUUUAUUUUUAGCUCGCGCCUGCACUUAUUGUUAUUAUUGGAAAUUCAUUAUUCUUCACUUUCAUAUUUCUUUUUUUUUCAUAUAUGAUUAUAAGAUUAAUAUUACCGAGAGAUUAUUGACAACAAGCCUUAUUUACCCUUCUUGUCACGUCAGAUUAUUUGCAAACCGAACAAACUAAAUUUUUCUCAAAUAAAGAUACACAUAGCGUAAUACAAUUGUUGUAAAAUAAUUUCCUUUAUACUUGUAAAUGCACUCUAGCCCACAGCUACAAAAAAGAUUAUCAAUUCAUUCCAAUCUUCGUAGCUAUUAUGUUUUGUCCUUAUUAAGGUAUAAGAUAUGGCACUACAAUGGAGACUGUGUUUAUGAAAAAUCAAUAAAAGAACUUUGGCAAGUGAGUUUUUUUACUUAUAGGAAGUAAGAAAACAAUAGACUUUGCCUUCAUCGGAUAUAGUAAGAAAACAAUAGACUUUGCCUUCGUCAGAUAGUAAGAAAACAACAGACUUUGCCUUCGUCAGAUAGUAAGAAAACAAUAGACUUUGCCUUCGUCGGAUAGUAAGAAAACAAUAGACUUUGCCUUCGUCAGAUAGUAAGAAAACAAUAGACUUUACCUUCGUCAGAUAGUAAGAAAACAAUAGACUUUGCCUUCGUCAGAUAGUAAGAAAACAAUAGACUUUGCCUUCGUCAGAUAGUAAGAAAACAAUAGACUUUGCCUUCGUCAGAUAGUAAGAAAACAAUAGACUUUGCCUUCGUCAGAUAGUAAGAAAACAAUAGACUUUGCCUUCGCCAGAUAGUAAGAAAACAAUAGACUUUGCCUUCGUUAGAUAGUAAGAAAACAAUAGACUUUGCCUCCAUCAGAUAGUAAGAAAACAAUAGACUUUGCCUUCGUCGGAUAGUAAGAAAACAAUAAAUAGACUUUGCCUUCGUCAGAUAGUAAGAAAACAAUAGACUUUGCCUUCGUCAGAUAGUAAGAAAACAAUAGACUUUACCUUCGUCAGAUAGUAAGAAAACAAUAUAGACUUUACCUUCGUCAGAUAGUAAGAAAACAACAGACUUUGCCUUCGUUAGAUAGUAAGAAAACAAUAGACUUUGCCUUCGUCAGAUAGUAAGAAAACAAUAGACUUUGCCUUCGUCAGAUAGUUUGCUGUAUAUUUGGUUUUUAAAUUAUUACCAUCAAUUCGAAUUGCUCAGUCAGGUCUUGACAAUACAUAAUAUGUCGUUUGUUGUAUUGAAGGUUUCAUGGCAACCACGUGUAGAGGGAUUCUUUCCUGAGGUUGCAAUUACAACGCCAAGAAAUGUCAAGAAACCUGAAGGUAUUAAUUCACAGUAAUUCAAUAUUCAUUUCAAUUGAAUCUGGAUGCCAUGCAAUUAGUCAAUUAGAAACGGAAUUGUCGGGACUUUUCUGAUGAUCAAUAUAUUUAUCCAGUGUUUCGGUAGACUACGGCAUAGUCUGUGGUGAAGAAACACAGGCGCCUGUCUUUAGCUCCCAAGGAAUGUUUAUCUGGUUUUGGAUAGACCACAAUGAAUUUUGGAUUUCAAGAUGGCGACACUAUUGAUGAAAACGUUCAUUGUUACCUUCUUCAAAUAGCGGACACUUAGCGAAAUAUCGGGGGGAAUUCAGGUCACCAACAUAUUACCACCCUUGUGUUACUAGAGAGGUUCAGAUUUGACUUCCACUACCGCUAUCAUUGAGUGUUAUAUAUCAGAUACGUUUGAUAUAUCCAAUUGACAGAUUAACCAGAUAAGUAUUUAGGCAGUGAGAGGUAGUUGUAUAGAGGAAGUCAAAUUUGAACCUCUACUGCAGAUCCCACUCCUUAAAACUCUUGGGUUUAACUUUCAUGCAAAUAUGCUUAAACCAGAGCUUUCAAUGUUGCAGUAACCACCUGCAGCGCAAAUAGUUUGGUCAUGGUGUCAAUAAAAUGAUUGUUGUGUUUUUUAUCUUCUAAGCAAAAGUCGAAGCUUAUCGUCCUCCAUCGGCAAGAGGGACUCCAGUUUCUACUACAAAAUUGGUAAAUAGAAAUAUGGUAGAGUUUCAGAUGCAGUAUCCCCAGGAGCGUUCAACAAUUUGUAACUCUUUAUUUUGGGGGAAGAGACUAGCCUACGCGGUGUAUACCCUCACUUCGUAAGCGUUUAUGGACAUAAAAUAAACAAUACCAACAAGAAAUGUUUCUGACUAAGAAACCUAGAAAACAUUGUUACAGAACCAUUUGAAUUGCGAUGUUUUUAUCAAAUGUUUCCCCAUUUGAAAGAUUGUUGCCGAAAACCACAGUUUCUCCCCACAAGCAAACGUGUUCCCCCAACAAAUUCAUUGUAGAGACAAUGUUUCCUGGUUUGCCCAUCUUCUGAGAACCUGGCUGGGAAAUAAUUUUUCCUAGUUUGCCUAGGGGGUACCUUUAAUGAGGGUCCUGAAGGGGGGAUCCUAUAAUCCCAGUUUCCAAGUCCAAAUUUCGACUAAAUCCCAUCGUCCCUGUCCCAUGUCCGUCCCAGAUCCCAUUUCCAUUUUUAUUGUUUUUUUUUGUUGGUGAAUAUCAGUCCCAGUGCAUGAAAUCUCAUUUUCGCAGCCCGAAAACAGGCGAAUCCCAGCUCCCAUUUAAAACUCUUCAGGACCCUCUCACUACCGUUGGAAGCAAUUUUGUAUCUGGUGGGCUGAUUAGUCAGGGGCGAUUAUUAAAUCAUUAUUUCCCACUCAAACUAUACAGAUUAUCUCUAGUUUACAAAUUAUUGGGGGGGGAGCCCCCCCCCUCCCGGUCGCUAUGCCCUGCCUCUUUAUAGCUUUUGCGCAAUAGCAAUACAGUUGAUUUUAUAUAUAUUUAUUAGCAUGAUAUAGAACCACCACAGAAUCAAAAGUCUAAAGAAUUAUCUGCGAGUGCUUUAAAGAAUAAAAAGAAACGGGAAGCAAAAGCUCGGAGUAAAAAGGAAAAUGAGGUUUGUUUGCUUUUUAACCAUACGGUAGUAAGGUGUGAACGAUCGUAGAAAUAAAUCAACAAGUUCAAUCUGAAUUGUUUCUUGGUGUAUGGGCUAUAAAUAUAACAUUCUCAGACUAUUCCGUAUAUUUUUGAUAGAGUGAGGAAAGAUCUUCGGACCAAACUACCGAAGGUCUCACCACCGUGUCUGGACCUCCAACUGAAAAAGACAAGAAAUUAAGAAAUCUAAGAAAGGUAUUUGUUUAUUACAAACAUGAAG